ACUUGCAGGGAUGAAAAAUGUAAACUUCCGGUUCGCAGAGAAAAAUAAAAAAAUAUAAUAAACAUUAUUAAAUUGAUAGAAUGAAAUUAAUGUUUAUAUGGCACAAUCAUUUUUAGUCAUUCAUAAAUAUGCUUGAUGUAACCAAAUGGCCAAUAUUUAGUCUCCUUGACCCAAACGAUGCUGCAAAGAUCGCGAAGAUAUGUGUUUUUGGAAGCUCUGGAAAUGAAGCAAUUUAUAUCAACAACAUAGAUGAUGUGUAUUCCAUUGGUUCUAACUGCAGCGGAUGUUUAGGCCUUGGUGAUUCACAUAGCAGUCUUGAGCCUCGGAAGAUUGAUGCUCUCUGCCGAAAAAGGAUUGUGGACAUUGCAUUUGGAAGUGGACCCCAUGUGCUUGCUGUGUCAGAGAAUGGUGAAGUAUACAGCUGGGGUCACAACGGAUACUGUCAGCUGGGUAAUGGAGGCUCCACUCAGGGGAUCAUGCCCAUUCUUGUAUCUACAAAUCUACAAGGGAAAAGAGUUUCCAAGGUGGCAUGUGGCAGUCACCAUUCAAUGGCUCUUACACUAGAAGGGGAGAUAUAUGCCUGGGGACAGAACAACUGCGGCCAGGUGGGGUCAGGCACAACAACCAACCAGCCAACACCUAGAAAAGUUAUAGCAGUUUUAGGUUCUAGAGUGGCCAUAUCUAUAGCCUGUGGACAGACCUCUUCCAUGGCCUUAAUGGAGAAAGGGGAGGUGUAUGGUUGGGGUUACAAUGCAAAUGGACAGUUAGGGUUGGGCAACAAUGUUAACCAGCCCAACCCCUGCAGGGUACAGAUGCUCCAGAAUACCAUAGUCUCACAGAUUGUAUGUGGGUAUGCCCAUACCCUGGCCUUAUCAGAUGAAGGAGAGCUGUUUUCAUGGGGGGCCAACUCCUACGGACAGCUGGGUACUGGAAACAAAGCUAAUCUAGUCACACCAUCAAGAGUGCAGGCUGAUGGGGAAAGAUUCAUAGAGGUCUCUGCUAGUCACUACUCCCACAUAUCAGCUGCUAUGACAGAGACUGGCAAAGUUUACAUGUGGGGCCAAUCCAGGGGCCAGUCUAUAACAUCCCCACUCCUAACACAGUUUAUGACCACAGAUGAUGUUUUUGCUGCUUUUUCCACCCCACCUGUAACAUGGAGGACUCAUUCUGUUAAUCAAAUGAAGGGAAGCAGGGUGAUGAAUUGUAUAGCUCAUGCAUUUGACGAUCAGAUCACAAGUGAUGUUAAAUUUAAAGUAGAAGGAAAGGAGAUAUGUGUUCACAAGGCAAUUUUGAAAAUAAGAUGUGAACAUUUCCGGUCCAUGUUUCAGCCAUGUUGGGAUGAAGCAGGGAAAGAUGUAGUGGAGAUUACCCAGUACCCAUUUGUGGUGUAUAAAGCCUUCCUCAAGUACCUGUAUACAGACCAGCUUGACUUGCUUCCUGAAGAGGCUAUAGGCUUGCUGGAUCUUGCUAAUUCUUAUUGUGAACCGAUACUGAAGCGAAAAUGUGAGCAGAUUAUCCGACACGGCAUCAGCGUCCAUAAUGUUGCCAUGUUGUACGCUGCAGCCAUCAAAUAUGAGGCUAAGGAACUGGAGGAUUUUUGUUUCCGGUUUGCUCUUAACCACAUGACUGCAGUAACUCAAACACGCGCCUUCGAGGAACUGGAUGAGACAACGUUAAAGGAAUUUAUACGCAAAGCUGGCCAGGCCGGGGCAUUCAGAUACUGAUUAUGUGAAUUUAGAUACUAAUGUGCAAUUUAAGUACUGUUUGUUAUUGAUAUAUGAUUGAAGAUGAGUAUCACUUCAUGUUGUAUUGUAAUAGAAGUUCUGUUUGUUAUUGAUAUUUGAUAAGAGUAUGACUUUGUAUCGUAUAUUUUACAAAAAAUCUUAUUAUAGGUAAUACAUUCUGGCCCUCUAUAAAAAUGUCAAAACCAUUCUUACUAACCACCUCAAUGAGAAAAUUGUUAAAUAUUGCUAGAUAUUUCAAAGCUGUAAUUAAUUUAAAAAACUCUACCCUGGAAAUUGAACUAUUUCUUAAAUGUUUGUUUUUCAAUCUUGAAAUGUGACAAUUUACGUUUUGUGCUAUUUGUAUUUGUUCAUAUUGUGUAUGUUGCCAUGAUUAUUUUUGUUAUGGCCAUAGGCAUUAAUAUGCCACUUAUGCCAAAACCUUUAACCUUUGAUAUUAUCUGGUCAUAUUUAUUCUGGAUAGAUAUUAUAAGGCAUCCUGAUGGGCUUCAAUUGUGUUUAGGUUGUGCUGUUAUGACCUGUACAUGUAGUUAUUAAUAUUAAGUUAUUUCAUAUAUAAACAUUGUAUUUGCAAAUGUAUUUGAUGCUUAAGUCUUGCUCCGACAUUGUUGAAUUAUUUAAGACUGUCUAUCAUAACAGUCAUAAAGAAUGUGCACAAAUUAGGGCUAUUCUAUUACACCAGGGGCGUAUCUAGGCAAACUCCAGUACGCCCAGGCGUACAAAUGAAUUUAGAAUUUCACAAAAUGUCAAGUGCUUAAACUCGAAAUCAGGAAUAAAAAUUGAAGGUUAAAGGGUUGCAUACUGAAUAUACAAGUAUGUUUUCACUGGCUUAAGUUUGUUGUUAUUUGACUGAAUGUAUGCAUUCCAAAUGGCUUAAAAUGGUUCCUUUAUCACUUAGUCAAAAAGUCCAUCUGCAGUGGAUGGACACCACUCUCUUUGACACCAGAUAUGACAUAUAAACAUUCAGAUGUUGACAACUCACUUAAGUUUUUGACUGUACAGUUUAAAAUGCUUCAGGUACCUACCUAACAACCCAGCCCAGUAAGGCAAAAUUAAGAAAUUCAAUAGGGGAUGUUCCUGCUCAUUUUUUGUGUGGAUCAAUUUGAUAUUGCCUUCCUGGAGUUGGUCGUUUGUUUAAAUUGAAUCGCCUUACUCAAUUUACUGUACAAUGUAAAAUUUAUUGGAUUGUGAAAUUGUCACUUGACCUUGAAUAUAUUUUGUGGUAUUUCUUAUAUAUACCGUUAUGUAGUUACAGGCCUUUAUUCACAUUUUAAAGGGUCUGAUAUCAAACUUUUUAAUCAGAGUGAAGUAUCAAAAAGAUACUUGUCCUAAUUCAGAUUCAUUGCCAUAAUCAGAGCCAUACUGUUAAUAUUCAUUUGAAUAUGGAACAGAAAAUGCCAUACAUUGCCAAAAAGCAUUUCUAACGCUAUUGAAACAUCAUUUUACCCUUGGACUUACCAAAUUCUUCCCACUUCAAAUGAGUAUCUGUCUGAUGUCUGAUGUUGUUUUGUGUUUGUUCUGAGAUAAAGUCCAUGAAAUUGAUUCAAGCUGUCUAAAACAAAUUGCUGCAUGCAUAAAAUUGAUGUGUCCUUUAAUUGUUUUGUACAUAUUAAAGAAUAUUAGCUUCACUCAGCAGGGAGAAAUAUAUACUGGUAGUCAGUUAUUGUUCAUCCUCACAGAAGACAGAGUCCUGUAAUAUAUAUUUUAUUUGUAAAGUUAAUGUUGACUAUAUUUUGUAGCGAUAUUAAAAAGGUAGAAUCUCGUGAGAUCGUGUGGGAGGGUUCCAGCUAAUGCCAAGGGGUUCCAACUUGCUGCAUAGCAACCAGAUGUUGUAAUUAUAAACAUUCCUUCAACAGCAGCACUUGAUUAUAGCCAGGCAAAAAAUUUAAAUAAUCUAUAUAAAAAAAAUAAAAAAUGUAUUAUGUAGGAAGUAUAUACAUGUUUACCCGAAACAGUAACCGAAUCAAAAUAUGUACAUGUUAUAAACAAAUUAUGUUUUUGUUUUGUUUUCUGAUAAUAUAACUAGUAAUAAGUAUAUAUAUAUCACAUGCUUUCAAUGUCAUACAACCAUUACUUAUUAUACAAUAAUUGCCCUUUAGUUUCGGUCGAUAUGGUGACUAAUCGACCGGAUGAAGGGAUAUCGACCGAGGGCAAAUUCAUCAGGUCGAUAAAUCUCCAUAUUAACCGAAAUUGAAGUACAUCAAUUGUUUUAUUAUUUGAUUUAAUGUCAAGAUAAUAAAUCACUUCAAAUUUUUCUACAAUUUAUCAUUGUAAGUAAUAUGUACAGAUUUUAAAAGUAUCACAGAAAAAGUGCAAAAUAUCACAAAAUGUUUCUAUCAUUCCUUAUAUUAGAGUAUAAUUUGACAUUGUCUUUAUUGCGCCUACUAAUUAACUUUUUUCAUCAUUAUUACUCUGAUGGACAUAUUGUCUCAUGUUUUACAAUGAUAUUAAAAACGAUUAAAAUGAUUAUUACUGGGCACUGACUAACUGAACAUUUUUAUGCCUUUCCGAUUUCGAUUAACCCAAUAUAUAAUGAAACAACAGUACAAUCAUCAUACAUUUAAUUAUACUUGUAGAAAAUGAUUAUUCUGUCCAUAUUUCACGACACAUAGAUCUGAAUCUGGUCGUCAAGAGGUUUUACCAUACAUUGCAUUUACAAUAUUAUAUUAAUAGAACAAGAAAAAAUAUUGAUAUUCCGCCGAUGCAUGUUGAUACAUGUCACUUUCACACCAUAUCGUACUAUAUCGACAUAUCGAUAAUAUCACACAUCCUAAUUAGAGAACCUAUUGGAUUCCACUGUAUACAGAAGUCCAAAUAUUAUUUACUUAAACAACAUACAUAUACUUAACAUUAUGCUUGUAAUUUUUUAUGUGUUAGUGUGUUACAUUCCAAGGUGCUUUGUGGUUUUCCAAUCAGCAUAAUUAUGUACAUCAUGUUUAUUGUCAGCAGCCUGCAUAUUUUGAUAGUUUAAGGAAUGCAGUCUUAGCGCAUCGGCCAUAUUCCAUUGAAAGCAAACUCGGAUGUAUAUUGAUGGUUUUCAAAUCUUUUUACAUUUAAGUACACUGCUCAUAGAUAAAGCAGUUAAAGACUUUACUCUUAGGAAUAUUCAACUUUAAUUUGAACUAAUAAAUAUAAAUUACAUGUUAAAACACUACAUUUAAUUAUUAUUAUUAUAAUUUUUAUGAAUUUCUACUAAUACACCGGCAUACAUCCAAGGUUGUUUUUGAUAGAAAAUGGCCGACUGGUGCUCUGAUUGUGAGGAAAUUAGCAGCAAAACAUACUUUUAUUACUAUUUAGUACUAACUUUAUGUUUAAAAAUCAGGGAUUUACAUAAGGUCUGGAAAGGGGUCUUUAUUUUUUGCAAAGAAAAAUAAGAUAUGUAAUGUGUACUUAAGUAUGUUUUUGAACAGAUUUGUUCAUGUUUCAUGUGUAGGUGGUCGAAAAAGAUAUUUGUGGGAAAUGUCAACAAAAUGCUUUUGUCAAUGUUGAAAUUCACCUAAAGUUCAAAGUGGAACUUGAUGUUAAUAAAAUAAGAUAUGACAAAAAUAUGGUCUUUGUCACAGAAAUAUGUUAGUAAUGCUAUAAAAAAAUUGAGGUAGGGAUUUAUAACUUAAAUUGAAUAUCUGGCAAUUGCUGUUUAAUUUUUGUUUGUAUAAGUCAGUGAAAUAACUCAAUUUCAUCAACAACAAUAACAACAACAACAAAAUUGUUGCCCACAUAAAAACUGUUACCGAGUUCCUGAAUGAAAUUCCUAGAGGUAGUUGAAAUGAGAAAACUUAAGACAUGUCGGAGGGCUAUUUACCAUUUACUGUUAAUAAUGUAUUUUUCAUAAUGCUAAAAACGGACAACUUCAAAAGAUCAUGGUAAGCCCCAUUUUUGCUUGUUGCUGGUCAAAUGAAUUUAAUAUUAUAUUGACAAGUAAUGUUGGCGAUUUGCAUUGGAGGAAAAGUUACCUAGUUUAAUUUGCAACUGUGGCAAACAUUUUAUAUUAUAUACUUGACAUGGUAUAAUACAAUGUAAAGUAUAUCUCAUGUAUUUGUUUGUGAAAUAACACAUACAUAGCUUUUCUUGUGUAUAUAAAUAUAUACUGAGUUUACUGAUUGAGUUUACUGGUAAAUGUGCAAUUGUGGUGAACA